AUGGCCAGGUCUCCUGCACUGCUCCUGCUGCUCAUUCUGGGAUUCUGCUGCCCUGGGAUCCAGGGCCAGAAGUACGAUAUGAAGGUUGGGUUUCGUGACAAAGGCAUCAAGCACCCCCAGAUGGGACAGCGGCUGGAGCUGGAGUGUACGUCUGCCAAGGAGGACAGUGGCGUUAUGUGGCUCCACCUGGACAAGCAUGGGACCCUUCACUUCAUCGUCUUCAUUUCCUCCCUGCCCCGGACCGUCUUCAGUGGGAACAAGGAGACAUCCACGCACUUCGAGGCAUCAAAACACGGCAACUCCUACCGGCUGGUAGUGAAGUCUUUUACACCGCGGGACGAGGGGAAAUACUUCUGCCUCAUGAACAGUAACCAAAUGCUGUACUUCAGCCCUGGCCAGCCUGUCUUCUUCCCAGUCACCACCACAGUGGCAUCCAGCACACCAGCACACACCACCCAGCAUGGCAUCACCCAAAAGGACCCCUGUCUGAAGACCCGGGAUACAGAGACCAACAAGGAGGAAAAGCUGAAUUUCUUCUGUGAUAUCAUCAUCUGGGUUCCCUUGGCAGGCGCCUGCUUCCUGCUCCUGCUCGCCUUGGCAGUCACCAUCAUCGUGUGUCAACAAACCAGAAGACGAAGGUGCAGAUGUAAAAGACCUGUGAAUGGGAAGCCCAACGCGAAGCCUAGCAUGCCGAGCCGACACGUAUAA